GGCCAGAGAGGAAAAAGGGUUCGCUUAACAGCCAAUGUUUUGUUUUGUUUUGUUUUGUUUUGUUUUGUUCUGCUACUGGCUUUAGGGUUUAAAUCAGGGUUCUUUCUCCUACUCAGUCGUCCAUCAUCAUCUGCCAAUGGAUAGAUACCAGAAAGUAGAGAAGCCAAAGCCUGAAUCACCCAUUAACGAGAAUGAGAUCCGAAUCACUUCUCAAGGCGCUAUUCGAAACUACAUCAACUACGCUAUUGCUCUUCUUCAGGACAAGCAUGUGAAGGAAAUUGUCUUGAAAGCAAUGGGGCAGGCGAUCAGUAAGACAGUAGCCAUUGCGGAGAUUUUAAAGAAAAGGGUUCCUCGUUUGCAUCAAGAUACUGCGAUUAACUCAGUGAGCAUAACUGAUAUUUGGGAACCUAUUGAAGAGGGCCUUGUUCCUGUGGAGAUGACUCGUCAAGUCUCAAUGAUAUCUAUUACCUUGUCAACCAAAGAGCUAAACAAAAACUCUGUUGGGUAUCAAGCUCCACAUUAUGCUGAACAACCCAAGCCACAAUAUCAUUAUCAGCAGCAGCAACCACCCAAACAAGCUCGUGUCCCAUAUAAUGCUGUCAAUGAAGAUUCGUAUGGCCAAGGAAGGGGUCGUGGUAGAGGCAGAGGGAGAGGGCAGAGUUGGGGCAGGGGUGGAUACUCAAACUAUGGAAAUUAUCAAGAUAAUGGUGGAUACUCUAACUGGGGCAGAGGUGGUGGGCGAGAAAGAGGUUGGGGUUAUCGUGGUGCUGGUUAUGAAAGAGGUAGAGGUGGUGGUGGUAGAGGCUAUAGCCGUGGCCGUGGAAGGAUGGGUGGUGGUCGCUCAAGGGGUGGUGACUACUAAAGCAUAAUCAAAGGACGCAUAAAGCUCGUGAUAUUUUCUCCUCUUUUUAGCUUAGAUGCUUGGCUUGGUCAGUGGGAUGCUUGGCUUGGUCAGUGGGAAAUUAUGGAAGUAGGUGUGUUUAUAAACGCGUGAGAUUGUGGGUUGAAAUCUCCAGCAUUAUUAAGCAGUGGUUUUGUGUUUCUGUCUGGCAUUAUCUAAGGUGGUUGAGGGUAAUGUCUUUUUAUUUCGCAUUUAGCCAAGGCCAAGAGGAUGGGUUUAUGAUUUGUGCUGUAUUUGAAGUUUAUAUGUCAAUAUUUGAUUUCUUUAUUCCUUUGAA